CCUCGCCGCCGCAAGCCUCGCGCGCGUUCCAGCCCCAGCCUCUCCGCCUUCCCCGGCGCCCUCCACUCCUGCCAUGGGGCUAACUUGCGGCUCCUAAGAGUUGCCGUCUCUGAGCAGCGCACUCUCCCGCCCAUUUCUCCGCGGGCGGGCGAUGUAAGCUUAGGGCGCCCGAGGGGCCAGCCUAGAGGUAACGGGAAGGGGAAAGGGACGGCUGAGUGGAGAGUAAGAGGCCAAACAAUGAGUUUCCACAAGGAGGACGGAGUGAGCAGCCUGUGCCAGAAGGCGCUGCACAUCGUCACCGAGCUGUGCUUCGCGGGCCAGGUGGAGUGGGAGAAGUGCUCGGGCAUCUUCCCCCGGGACAGGGGCAGCCAGGGCGGAAGCAGCACAGAUAUUUCAGUCAGCUUGUUAGCGGUGGUUGUCAGCUUCUGUGGCCUGGCCUUGUUGGUUGUUUCACUUUUUGUCUUCUGGAAGCUGUGCUGGCCUUGCUGGAAGAGCAAACCGGUGACUUCCAACAUCAGUACCCUUCCACAGAGCAUUUCAAGUGCUCCUACUGAAGUUUUUGAGACUGAAGAGAAAAAAGAAGUUAAAGAAAACGAAAAGCCAGCUCUAAAAGUUAUUGAACCUGCUAUAAAAAUCAGCCACACUUCCCCUGAUAUCCCAGCAGAAGUCCAAACUGCUUUAAAAGAACAUUUAAUUAAACAUGCACGUGUGCAAAGACAAACUACUGAGCCUACGUCUUCAUCCCGCCACAAUUCCUUCAGGAGACACCUACCAAGGCAAAUGCAGGUUUCCAGUGUUGAUUUUAGCAUGGGCACAGAACCCGUUUUACAAAGAGGAGAAACAACAACCAGCAUUGGGAGGAUAAAACCAGAGCUCUACAAACAGAAAUCAGUUGACUCUGAGGGCAACAGGCAAGAAGAUAUCAAAACUUGUGGGAAACUUAACUUCACCCUCCAGUAUGACUAUGAAAACGAACUUCUAGUUGUUAAAAUUAUCAAAGCCUUAGAUCUCCCUGCUAAAGACUUCACAGGCACUUCUGACCCUUAUGUGAAGAUGUAUCUUCUUCCAGAUAGGAAAAAGAAAUUUCAGACCCGUGUGCACAGAAAGACUUUAAAUCCUCUAUUUGAUGAAACGUUUCAAUUUCCCGUAGCAUAUGAUCAACUAAGCAACCGAAAACUACAUUUCAGUGUGUAUGAUUUUGACAGAUUUUCUAGACAUGACAUGAUUGGGGAAGUGAUUCUUGAUAAUUUGUUUGAAGUCUCUGAUCUCUCCAGGGAAGCCACAGUUUGGAAAGAUAUUCAUUGCGCUACUACGGAAAGUAUAGAUCUGGGUGAAAUCAUGUUCUCCCUUUGUUACUUGCCAACUGCUGGACGUAUGACAUUGACCGUCAUCAAGUGCAGAAAUCUGAAGGCUAUGGAUAUCACUGGCUCAUCAGAUCCUUAUGUCAAAGUGUCUCUGAUGUGCGAGGGUCGAAGACUAAAAAAGAGGAAAACAACUACAAAGAAAAAUACUCUAAACCCUGUAUACAAUGAGGCCAUUAUUUUUGAUAUCCCUCCAGAGAAUGUGGACCAGGUCAGCCUCUCCAUCGCGGUCAUGGAUUACGAUAGGGUAGGACACAAUGAAGUCAUAGGAGUGUGUAGAACAGGACUGGAUGCUGAAGGUCUUGGGCGAGACCACUGGAAUGAAAUGCUGGCCUAUCAUCGAAAACCAAUAACACACUGGCACCCCUUGCUGGAGUUACCUGGGCGAGCAACCAGUUUUGAUAGUCAAGGAUCAUGUCCGUCUCCCAAACCACCUUCCACACCGUAAUGCCUCCAGAAUAAAGACCAUUAUAAUAAGGAACAAGGACCCUGUGCUCAUCAGAUCAGAAAAAGAGUGGAAGGUUUGAUUUCCUCACUUAAAAUAUAUCUUGAUAAUGAACAAAUUUGACAUAUGAUUUUUCAUUUACUUUUUUUGGCUGUUCAUUAACUUUGGACAUCUUGAUAUAUUUUACUUGAGUACAAAUACUCCUUAUUUGCAUAAGGCAUUUUAUUCUUCACGUCAUAUGCCUAUUAGCACAAAGAAUGUUUUCAUAAGUUGCAAUUCUUUGCAUAAGUAAAGAAAUACAUUCUUUUAAAAGAAAUCUGUACUUACCUAAAUUAAAUAUAGUUUAUGCUGCUAUUGUAUCAAGUAGCACAUGUCAUGUAUGUAUGGUUUUGGAUUUUGUUACAACGGUGUUAAUCUCU